CACUUUUAUGCCACCCAGCAAUGUGCAAAACGAGAGUGAUCAUAUUCCGGCGUAACUUCAACUGAAGGAUUCCCAAGCCCAGAAACAAAGCAGUUCUACUAUUCUUACGCUGCCGUCUCGUGGCCUAGGGAGAAUUCCGUGAAGCCGAGCGAAGCUAGUUCUUGUCCGUUUCCGUGGGGACCCUUCGCUUGCCGUUCGACGGUGCCUGGAGGAGCAUGGACCUGCAGAGUCGGCGCCCCUUUUCGUGGAACUUGCUUCAGCCUCCUGCUGGUCUCACUACUGGCUCCAAGCUGUCGGCCGAAUGCGUACCGCAGAUAAACCCCCGAUUUUCGAGAACCUCCGGUUUUGUAUCACCGGAUUUGAGGCCGAUGAACGUGGGAACAUACAACGGCUCGCUGCACAACAUGGGGCGGUCUAUUCUGGCACGUUAGACAGCUCAUGCACACAUCUCAUAGCAGAGCGCCCUGAAGGCAGGAAAUACGAGCACGCCAUGACGGUUGAUUCCAUCCACGUAGUGAGUCGCGAAUGGUUCGAGAAUUGCAUUUCUCACCGAACGCGAGCGAAUGAAGAACUUUUUCCGGUGAAGGAAACGGAAGCUCCUUCCGAAAAGCCGCAAAUGAAGGUUGAUCAUAAUCGUAAACAAACAUCCUCGAAGUUGGGAAUGAACUGGCUAGGUCAGUGCAAUAUCUAUCCCGGCGAAGGAUAUUCAAAUGAUCAACUGGAGAGUAUUCGCAAAAUGACUCGGGAGGGAGGGGCCGCAUUUCAACAGACGUUUGACGGUUUCGUCACGCACAUCCUCAUUUCUGGCAGGAAGCCUACGGGCAGUGAUAUGCGCCUACUUCGAGCUGGAACGGGAACACGAGCUGUCCCAAUGGUCUCGCAACGUUGGCUACGGGAUUGUUAUCGUCAAAGGACUCUACUACCCACGGAUCCAUACCUGUUUGCGGUCACUGAAGACCCCUUCGAUGGAUCGCGUGGGCGUCGCAUGUCAGAUGGCGAAAAGCCAGGCAAAGAAUCGCUGCCAACAAAACCAAAGUCGAAAAUAAACGAGGAUAGUGGCAGUCGGCAGAGCUCAAGAGGAUCCUUCAAGGUUGAUGACUUCUUUGACUCCCUGGUAGACGGAGAUGUGCAGAUAAAACCCGAUGUCCGCCUUCUUAAGAAUACAUCUGGCGAUGAUGAUUUCACAUUCCGAGCGUUCGGAAAGAAACAAACGGCGGCAUCCAGCUCUCUCCCACGUGCGAACAGUGUCACUGACAGUAAAGUGAAAAAUGCUGCAUCAAGCCGCAUUAUUAACAGCAGUCGGGGUGAUGCAGGAGUGGCACAAAAUCGAGAAGGGUCGUCGAAUAUGAAAAGGAGUGAUACGACAAACUCUACAACACUCGGAAACAGUAAUGUUACAUAUCCACAGCUGGAGGACGGGAAUGUUGCGGAGGCAAAUGCUGCAGAUGAGCCGCCAGUAUUCAACGAGACGCUGUUCGCGGGGCUCUAUUUCUCUGCCGAUGGGCUGGACCCAAUGGAAGAAGGCAUACUGCAGGAGAUUGUGCAGAAUGCUGGAGGAAUGUGGAUUGCGGAAAGCCGCGUAGGCCGUGGUCCAGUGGCUUCGAGCACUACGAUACUAUGCCCUCUAGUUCACCAGCGUACACCACCCAUUGCCGGGGCUCAACUCGUCACCACGCUAUGGCUAGAGAGGUGCAUAGACGAUGACAAGCUCCACAACCCGAGUGAUAUUGUAUUAUUCCAGCCACUGAACAUACCCGUGCCACUUGAAGAAUUCUCGGGUCUAAUAAUCGGCGUAUCGGGCUAUGAUGGCUACGAAAGAAUACAUCUCGAGAAGCUGGCAACGGCUUUAGGGGCCGAAUUCACGGAAACGUUUUCCAAACGGAACACGCAUCUUAUCUCGAAACCGGGAAUAGAUAACGCCAAACUUUUGAAAGCGAAGGAUUGGCGAAUUCCAGUGGCGACUGCGGAGUGGCUGUAUGCGUGCGCCGCCCACGGCAAAUUGCUGGAUGUGUUACGCUUUGAUGAAGGAGUGGUGCCGCCUCCUGCAGCUGCAGCUGAACGCGCGAAGACGGCAGCCGUUUUGCCUCUAGAUAGUACGUCCCGCGCCUCCCACGACGAGGAGUUUCCGGCCACCAAUGCCGCUUUCCGACCAAAAUUCGACACUUUGGAGGUUCUGUCAUGUCUACAAACACCGCGAAAUCCGUGGAGAGAAGCUCUUACCGAAGAUGGUGAGGGAAGUCUUCCAUCACCGCUUGAAGUCUCCUUUACCAGAAGAUUAGGAAGGGCUGUGGAUCACGUUACGAAAAGCGGUGCUGGCAGUGCGGCUCACGUCAAACAGGAAGGCGGCGGUCUAGCAGGAUGGGCUCCGUUGCCCGCAUGCGCAAUCGACAUAAGUCUCCUUCCGCCCAAUCUUCUGGAGGGAGUGAUAAUAUGUCUCAGUCAACGCGCCGCACAUCGGCGCCCCGAAGUCUCUACACUCGCCAAACAGAUGGGUGCUCAGCUCCUGCCGGCGUACAACGAUGCCUGCACGCAUUUCAUCCAUGAAGGAAAGCAGGUCAACGAAGUUUUCAAAGACUUCAAAGCCGCAAAACGCACAGGGAAGUACGUGGUGUCACCUGAAUGGCUACGGAAGUGUCGUGAGACUGGUCAAAGGGUGCAUGAGGCCGAUUAUCCGCACUUUUUCAAUCCGAAGAAGUCGCUGCCGAUCACCGCGCCUGCUAGUCAGGUUCCUGUCGAUCAGGCUUCGAGAGGGAAGAUUGGCUUGAAAAAGGCGAAGCGUAGUAUAUCCUCCCCGAAUAUGCGGGCGAAGUCGGAAUCCGACAAACGGGUCAUGAGCGAUGCUCCGGCUGGUAACCUUGUCGAUUUCGGCCCGUCUAGCCCCAUCCGGCCAAUCCGGACCAGUGUCUCGCUUGGCGCUGAACGUACCAAGAAAAUGUAUGCCCAGCCAUCCGAACCCAUCAAAGUGCCGGAGGAUCCGGUUGAUGAAGCGAAAGAUCAAUAUGGAGCGAUGUUGGACAAAUAUUUGGACCCCACAACCCUCCGCAGGCGGACUCGCUCCUCCCUCCUUAAGUCACGUAGUCUCAGCUCAAUCAUGUCAGACCAACCCCUUGGCCUAGAUAUCACUCCAUCAGCGCCCAUACCCGAACACGACACCUAUACCUAUACGCAAACGCAGGCCGUUCGUCGGGUACAAGACGAAGCUGCAGCGAUCAUAUACGAUGACCCCGACGGUCGCAUUGCAAAACGGAAACUUCUGGAGCAGUUGGAUAACGGAGGGAAACGUGCCAAAAGUUCCGAUGAGGAGGACGCAGGCGGUGGAGUUGUGGGGAAACCCGCCCGGAAGGGGAGAAAGCCAGCGCCGACUCCUCGAAAGUCGCCGAGAACGAUUCACAAACCGGACGUGCGCCGAGAGGACGGGAAGACCCCAGCUCCACCAUCGGUGACGCCAUUGCUGGUUCCUACACCGAGGAUCCUGCAGCCCGCGGAGAGGAAGUUCCUUCUGUCCGGAAUACCUCGGACCGAGCGGACAAGGAUCGCCGACGCUCUGGUGGCUCUGGGCGGGAAAGUUAUGGAUUUGGAUUAUUGGCAUCCUGACAUAACACAUCUCAUUGUGAAACAACCCGGCCGCACUGAAAAGUGUCUCGCCGCCAUUGCUUCUGGGAUGUGGGUAUUGCAACCCUCAUACGUCGAUGCUUGCCAAAAAGCGAAAAGCCUCGUCAGCGAGGAACCUUACGAGUGGGUGUCCAAUGCGACCACGAACGAAGACGACAAGGCUCUCUUCGACGCCAUCCGACGCUGGAGAGUCAAGCUUGGAAACUACAAAGAUCCGAGUAAGCCACGGAAGGGCAGCUUUGAACGCUGGCGAGUUCUUCUGAUUGUCCAGGGCAACAAGAAGAGUGGCUUCACAAGACUUCUGAAAGCCGGUUGCGCCGAAGUCAUUAAUGACGUGGAAACGUUCGCCAGCUUGCCAAAGCAGUACCUUAACUAUGUCAUCACCGACUACAAAGCCCCCGUCCUCCGUCAGCAACCGCGAUUAUGCGAUCUUGUACACAAGGGUGUGCCGUUCAUCGACGCGAACUACUGUGGACAAUACUUGUUUGAUGACGUGCCGCCGGAACCUACGCCAUGGCUGAUCCAUGUUCUCGACGACUAAUGGGGUCUGCACACGUAUGUAAUG